AUGUCCCUCUGGGGAUUCGCAGUUCCUCGCUUUCUGCUGUUACUGAUUUGUCUGCCAGUGACAGAGUCCAAUCUACAGGAAGUCCUCGGUGUCUUAGAUCUACCGUUCACUCAGGAUGAAGAGGCGCAUCUCCAGAAGAACCACAUCGGCAUUCUGGUCUCUGCGGUUCUGCUGGCGGUCAACUGCCCAGAGAGGAUUGGUGCUUCUCAAGAAGUCUGUGACAAGUGCCUGCCGCCGGACAUCACCCUGUCUGUUCUAGAAGAUAACGGAAAGGCAUACCUGAUUGAAGACGACUUCCAGCGCCUCUCUGUUCUUCUGCUAUACUUCAUCGUUAACCUGCGAGAUGUGUGCCAGUCGUCCUCUCCCGUCCGUAGCUACGAGUUCUACCUCCUCGCUCUCACCGAUCUCCACACAGCAGAGGAUAGCAAUGUCCUAUCGUUAGGUGAACUUGAGAGCAUUCUUCAGAUCAUCAACCAGCACAGCAACCCAUCCAUCCAAGAAAGUUCUACCUUGUCCGACUUCCAGUGUGUUGACGCUGCUCACCUUCUAGAAGACGCUAAUGCUAAAGAUGGUGCCAGUGGGACGUCUGUGGCCAAAAUGUCCGCUGCCGUCAUCAGUCACCUCUUGCAGGGUCACUGUUUCGCUCAAAGGAACCUCCCUCCGCCGGCUUUCUUUACCAACUACAUCUUCCAGUCCCUCAAUCGCACCAGUGAACUGGAAGUUUUAGAUCUAGAGGAGCUACUUCACCAGCUCGGCGUCGGCAGAGAAGGAAAGAAGCCGCACGCUCACGAUAGGAAGAGACGAAGCGCACAGUUGGCACAUUCACUGGAUGCUUGUGAUCAUGAAGAAGGAAACUGGGCACAGGUCUGUUUUUCAGCCAAUCAGCUGGUGUAUAUUUUUGCUCUGGGCCCUCAACUACUUAUUUCCAAGGAGCACUUUGGACAAAUGUGUCCAGCUAUCAUCCAGCAGUUGCUUGUCAAGGCGUGCGAUUCUGAAGAGCAGGACGCAAGAGACUCCCAUCAACCCACUGCUUUUGAGAAGUACGGCUACAGUACGGCAGCGGUGAUGCUCAUCACGCUAGGUUCCAUGCUUGGCAUCUGCCUCAUCUUCUUCAACUCCUGCCAGGAGACCUACACCCUCAUCCUGCAGCUUUUUGUGGGUCUAGCCGUGGGGACCCUCUCUGGUGACGCCCUCCUGCAUCUAAUUCCACAAAUCCUCGACCUUCACAUGCACGACGAGGAACAUCUCCCUGAGCAGAAGGACUACCUGUGGAAAAUUGUCGGCGUGGUUGCCGGUAUCUACGGCUUCUUCCUCAUGGAAAGGCUCUUCUUCUUCUUGGUCCCUCAGCAUGUUCAUGUAAGUUCCUGACAGAAAUGCUUGGAAUUCUCUAGUACAGCUCUGCUUGUUCUUGUUCUUCAGAGCCAUUCUCGCGGUAACUCUGAAACGCCGUCCCGGACGGGAAAGUCGAUCUCUACCAUACAGCUGCAGGGACCUUUAGAUGAGGAAGCAGAAACAUCUCCAGAGAGAAGGCCUUCAAAAGAGAAUCGCGGCGUCCCCCUUCUAGCCGUGAUGGUCAUCGUUGGCGACGGCCUCCACAACUUUGCGGACGGCCUGGCGGUGGGCGCCGCCUUCUCUUCGUCGCCCGAAACCGGCAUGGCGACAACCGUGGCCAUUUUGUGCCACGAGAUCCCCCACGAGAUGGGGGAUUUCGCGGUACUGUUGAGCUCUGGACUUCCCAUAAAAACGGCCAUGAUCAUGAAUUUUAUCAGCGCUCUAACGGCUUUCGCUGGCCUCUACAUUGGACUUUUUGUCUCAGCUGAAGUACACGUGCAACAGUGGAUCUUUGCGGUCACAGCGGGGAUUUUCCUCUACUUGUCACUGGUUGAGAUGCUUCCCGAGAUGAGUCGCUGUCAGAGCGGGCGACCGGUUACUGCGUUCCUGCUGCAGAACGUAGGCCUCCUGUCGGGUUGGGCGUGUCUCCUGCUGCUCGCGUUAUAUGAACAUGAGCUCAAAUUCUGA